AUGGAGAAAGAGGAAGAGAAAACAAAAACUCGUUCCCCUGACACUGUUCUUGAGGAUUUCUUGAGAUCAUCAGAUUCUCAGACAGAUUCUCCGAAAGCAAGUACUUCAGAAUCACCUGUACAUAUUGAUCACAAACCGCCUUCCAAAAAAUUGGCCGAUUUUCUUCAGUUUUUCAUGCUGAAGCCCAAGACACGGCUAAAAUCCACAUUGGAUCCCCUCAAUGCCUUUAAGUUAUCCAAAAAAUUCAGCAGUAGUGUGAGGGAGGAAGUUAGCCGCCCCUUAAUCGAUCCAAAUUUGAACUAUUUUAAGCCUCAUUGGAAGAACUUUAGCUUCUCUGAGCUCCAGGCUGCUACCAGCAACUUCUGUCAAGGUUAUUUGAUUGGAAAGGGCGGCUAUGCCGAGGUCUAUAGGGGUCGUUUGCGUGGCGGGCAGCUCGUUGCCAUAAAGCGUUUGAUAAAGGGACAUACAGAAGAUCGAAUAGGGGAUUUUCUUACCGAGCUCGGGAUAAUGGCGCAUGUGAAUCAUCCGAACACUGCAAAAAUGAUCGGUUAUGGGGUUGAAGGUGGAAUGUACCUCGUGCUCGAGUUUUCUCCCAUCGGAAGCUUGGCGUCCAUGCUUCACAGUUCAAGAGAGAAGGUGGAGUGGAACAUUCGGUACAAGGUUGCGGUGGGGACAGCUAAGGGGUUGUUGUAUUUGCACGAGGGUUGUCAAAGGAGGAUUAUCCAUCGAGAUAUUAAAGCUGCAAAUAUCUUGCUAACCGAGGAAUUUGAGCCUCAGAUUUGUGACUUUGGACUUGCGAAAUGGCUGCCCGACCGGUGGACCCACCUCACGGUUUCGAAAUUCGAAGGCACUUUUGGUUACUUAGCACCAGAGUUCUUGAUGCACGGUAUUGUAGAUGAGAAAACCGAUGUUUUUGCAUUUGGGGUGCUGCUGUUGGAGCUUAUCACGGGCCGACGAGCGCUGGAUCAGCAAAGCCUUGUUAUGUGGGCUAAACCACUGCUGAGGAAGAACAAAAUCGGGGAGCUUGUGGACCCUUCACUUGCCAACAACUAUAAUCCCACACAAAUGAGUCUCAUGCUUUUGGCGGCUUCUUUAUGCGUCCAACAGGCUUCAAUAAAACGGCCACGGAUAAGCCAGGUUUUGCUACUUCUAAGAGGCAGCUGUGGCAGCCUAGAAAUGAUAAAAAAUAGCAAGAAGCUAUCGAGCUGGAAAAGGUAUUAUAAGGAGCUGUUUAGCGCCGAGAAGUAUAAUACCACUUUAAAUCUCCGGGCACAGAUGGCCAUGGAAGCUUAA